AUGAGGCUAUCUCAAGAGUAUAAAUCCGAUGUUCUAUCGUUUAAUGUUUUGGGUCAACCUGUCAUUGUCCUCAACUCCGUCCAGGCAGCCACCGACCUUCUCGAUAAGCGCGGAGCCAACUACUGUGACCGCCCUCGAUUCGCUCUUUUUGAAGUCAUGGGAUGGCACAAAACGCUCACUUUCCUCAGAUGGGGCUCUUCCUUCAGAUUACACCGUCGUAUUCUGCAAAGGGGCUUUCAGAAAAGCAACAUUGGACAGUACCGCUAUUUGCAAGAGCGAGAAGCGAUGGCAUUGCUUAGGGGAAUCAUGGACAAGCCAGCAGAAUGGGAAAUGGUCCUCCGACGCUUUUCUACGGCCAUCGCUCUUGGGGUAGGAUUUGGUAUCAAGAUUGAGACGGAUACGGACCCCUUUAUUCAAAUUGCCGAAGAUGCGAGCUAUGCGUUAGGCCAUGGAGGAGCUCCUGCUGGGACACCAGUCGAUUUCUUUCCGUUGUUCAGGUAUCUGCCAAGCUUCCUUCACGACCGAUCUCUCAAAUUUGCCAAUCAAUGGAGAUUUGCUAUUACCAACUUGCGCGAUAAACCAUACGAGACAAUCAUGGCUUCAAGCACUCGAGUACAGUCUUUAGUACAAGAGAUGAUAGACCAACGGGAAAGCCAAGUACAGCAGGGCCAGGCUCCCGAUGUAUCCGAGGAAGAUAUAAAGGGUGCCGGCGCUGCUGUGUUUGCAGCUGCCCAGGAUACCACCUGGAGCACAUUGGUCGUGUUUAUACUCUGCAUGGUGCUGCAUCCUGAGGUCCAAAGCAAAGCCCAGCACUUACUGGAUCAAGUGGUGGGAAGAGAUCGAUUGCCUACCUUUGACGAUAGACCCAAUCUGCAAUAUAUCGACUUCAUCGUCCAAGAGACCUUUCGAUGGUCUCCUGUGGGCCCAAUGGGUGUUCCUCAUCGUUCACUAAAAGACGACAUCUAUCGCGGCUAUCUCAUACCUGCCGGCUCAUUCGUCUAUGCCAAUACUCGGGCCAUGACCCACGACGAGACAGUUUAUACAAAUCCCGAUGAUUUUGACCCAGAUCGCUACUUUCCCUUGGAGGAGGGUGGCCGAGGAGAGCCACUACCAGUUGGACAGUUUGGCUUUGGCAGAAGGAUAUGUGUCGGUCAACAUUUUGCAGAGGCUACGAUAUGGCUUGUGGUCGCAGUUAUGUUGAGUACCAUGAGUAUCGAGAGGGAAAAGGACGCGAGCGGCGUUGAAAUCAUGCCAGUGGUUGAGUUGACCAGUGGAUUGACGAGUCAUCCCAAGAGUUUUCCUUGUCUAAUACGGCCACGAGAUGAGAAGAGUGGUUUCGUCAUUCGAGAUGCAAAGUCAUAG